AUGGGAAAGGAUUACUAUUCCAUACUUGGCGUAAGCCGAGAUUGCACAACAAAUGAUUUGAAAAAGGCUUAUCGGAAAAUGGCCAUGAUGUGGCACCCUGAUAAACACAAAGAUGUGAAAUCUAAAAAAGAAGCCGAAGAAAAAUUUAAAAACAUUGCUGAAGCAUAUGAUGUUUUAUCGGAUGAAGAAAAAAGAAAAAUAUAUGAUACAUAUGGAGAAGAGGGUUUAAAAGGUUCAAUACCAACAGGAGCUAACACUUAUGUAUAUAGUGGCGUUGACCCCUCUGAAUUAUUUAGUCGUAUUUUUGGGUCGGAUGGUCAUUUUUCAUUUUCUUCAGCUUUUGAUGAUGAUUUUUCUCCUUUUUCGACUUUUGUUAAUAUGACAUCUCGAAAACCUAGACCUUCUGCAAAUACAAGCGCAAAUCACAAUAACUAUAACGCUAACAAUUAUAACGCUAACAAUUAUAAUGCCAAUAACUAUAAUGCCAAACCCGCCACAUACGAAGUUCCUUUACCUCUUUCUUUGGAGGAACUAUAUAAAGGAUGCAAAAAAAAAUUAAAAAUAACUCGAAAACGAUUUAUGGGAACAAAAAGUUAUGAAGAUGAUAAUUUUGUAACAAUAGAUGUAAAAGCGGGAUGGAAAGAUGGAACAAAAAUAACAUUUUAUGGUGAAGGAGAUCAAAUAUCACCGAUGUCUCAACCUGGUGAUUUGGUUUUUAAGGUUCAAACAAAACCUCAUGAUAGAUUUACAAGAGAUUCAAAUAAUUUAAUUUAUAAAUGCCCAGUACCUCUUGACAAAGCAUUAACUGGAUUCCAGUUUGUUGUAAAAUCUUUAGAUAAUCGAGAUAUUAAUGUUAGAAUCGAUGAAAUAGUAUAUCCAAAAUUUAGAAAAAUUGUAGCUAAUGAGGGUAUGCCUUCUUCUAAAACCCCUAAUAUGAAGGGAGAUCUAAUUGUUGAAUUUGAUAUUAUUUUUCCUAAAAAUUUAACUAGCGAAAAAAAAAGAAUAAUACGAGAAGCUUUGGCUAAUACCUUUUAA